AUGGUGGGCAUGUUGGCGGCCAUGGAUCUGGACCCCAUCCAGAUUCGUCGUCAGUUCUUCACCUGGAUGGUCGGCGACGCGAUGAGGGGUCCGGUGAGGGGAUGGAGGAUCUCUGCCGGAGUACAGGCGGUGACAUACGUCUUAAUGGCGAGGCUCCGCGUGGUUCUAGCCAGCCGCGAGAUCGGGAUGACGCGGCUUGCGCCCUCCUCGCUCGUCCGGGCCUCCGCGGUCUGCAAGCAGUGGCGCUGCGCCGCCACCGACCCCAAGUUCCUCCACCGCUUCCGCCUCCACCACCGGAAGCCGCCCCUCCUCGGCCUCUUCCACCGCCGCAAGGAUGAUAUCGUCUUCACCCCCAUCAUGGACCGUCCCGACCGAAUCCCUCCAGAGCGUUUCGACCUGCAUCUCCUGGACAUGGACAGCCACACCAUGUGGAUGGUCGAACUGCUUGAUUGCCGCCAUGGCCGCGUCCUUCUCAUGGACACUCUGUGGGACGAGGUCAUCAUGUGCGAACCUAUCACCGGCGAGCAGCACCGCUUGACCGUUCCGCCAGAGUUCGUAAGGAAUCGCUUCACCGGGGCUGUGCUCUGUGCUGCCAUCGACCAUGACCACGUGCACGGAAGCUGCCACUCGAGCCCAUUCAACGUGGUGUUGAUCUCCGCUCUCGGAGGGAAUAAUCAACCUAUCGCCUGUGUUUACUCCUCGGAGACUGGUGAAUGGGGUGAUAUCAUUCCAUCAACCGUUUCAUUUGAGCUUUUUUAUGACCAUACCCCUGGGUUGCUUGUUGGUAAUGCCCUUUACUGGUUGUUGGAUUCUAUAAGCAAUGACAUACUUAAGUUUGAUUUGGAUGAGCAGAGCCUAGCUGUGAUUAGGGGGCCUCCUCUUACAAAUGAUUUUCGCCAUGGUAGUCAUUGCAUCAUCCAGGCUGGGGAUGGCGCGAUUGGGUUUGCCAUAUUGUCUUACCCUCACUUACAAAUGUGGCAGAGGAAUAUCAAUUUUCACGGUGUUGCCACAUGGGUGCUAUGGAAAACAAUUGACAUGCGUAUGAUUAUUGGGCUCCCUAAACAGAUUCAAGGAAAGAGGGCAGUUGUGAGACGUAUAUUGGGAUCCCUUGAGGAUAGUGAUGAAAUACUUCUAUCUGUGGGCCGUGGUGCCUAUAAGGUUCAACUUAAGUCAAUGAAGUCUAAAAAACUUUGUGAAAACGGUUAUUUAACUCGCUAUCAUUCUUUCAACAGUUUCUAUCCUCCAGGCACAUCCAUUGCUGGUGGACUUGAUGGAGCUGACAUGAUGCAUGAUACACAAGGUGAUAGUUUGGUUAGAUCUUCUAAUGUGCUGAAAUGGUAACAGGUGAAGAAGGGCUGCUGCAGAUGUUAGUUGUCAAUGAAUUUGUCGCAUUCCAUAAAUGUUGUCGGCAGUGUUUAUAUGUUACCUAAAACAACUUACCGUGUCUUAUUCUAGCCAAGUCUGUAUAAUGUAGCAAGAUCCUUUUGAAUACCUGAUCCAGGGAAUUUCAGCUUACUAGUAUUGUAUCAAGUCGGAUUUCGUGGUC